UAUCUCACACACAUAUACACACAUGACACAGCACAAACACAGGUCUCACAUAACACCAAAUCUCAUCACCAUCAUCAUCAUCAUCGUGGUCACAAUCAUCAUCAACCAUAACCCCCUCUCUCUCUAAAUCUCUUCCAAUUCGCUCUCCCUCGAUCUGUGAAUUGUUAAUCCGUUUCGGAUAAACGAAAUUCAAUCGACCAGGUCGGAUCCUAAGGGAAUGAGAGCGUGGUUAGUGGAUGAAUCUUGUAGAGUCUGAACGGGAAAAUGCCUGCGUUACCGAACGGGAAUCACCAAUUCUGUGCGAAUGGAUUCUGGUCGAAGAAUCGAGACGAUGUUGGCUACAAUCAACUCCUCAAGUUUUGGUGUGAGCUGUCACCGCAAGCUCGGCUGGAGCUCUUGAGGAUAGACAAGCAAACCCUUUUUGAGCAUGCACGAAAAAAUAUGUACUGCUCCAGGUGCAAUGGGUUACUUCUUGAAGGAUUUCUACAGAUUAUUACAUAUGGGAAAUCUUUGCAGCAAGAGGGAGCAGUCGUUCAUUUUCCUUGUAGCAGAGCUGGAGGUUUGAAAAAUCAAAACAAUGGUGGAUCAUCCAUCUGUAAUGUGGUCCAGGAUGAAAUCCAAGAUCCAAGUGUCCAUCCUUGGGGUGGUUUGACCACAACGCGUGAGGGUGCACUAACACUCCUGGACUGCUACUUGUAUUCAAAGUCUCUGAAAGGACUGCAAAUUGUAUUUGAUGGAGCACGGGCUAGGGAGCGGGAAAGAGAACUUCUUUAUCCGGACGCGUGUGGUGGGGGCGGCCGUGGUUGGAUAAGCCAAGGAAUUGUGAGUUAUGGUAGAGGGCAUGGGACAAGGGAAACAUGUGCCUUGCACACUGCCAGACUCUCAUGUGAUACACUAGUGGAUUUUUGGGCAGCACUAGGAGAUGAGACAAGGCAAUCUCUUCUAAGGAUGAAGGAAGAGGAUUUUAUCGAGAGACUAAUGUACAGGUUUGAUAGCAAGAGAUUUUGCAGAGAUUGUAGAAGAAAUGUUAUUCGAGAAUUUAAGGAACUAAAAGAAUUGAAGCGCAUGCGAAGAGAACCUCGAUGCACUAACUGGUUUUGUGUUGCUGAUACUGCUUUUCAGUACGAGGUAUCUGAUGACUCAAUUCAAGCUGAUUGGCGCCAGACAUUUGCUGAUACUGUGGGAUUGUAUCAUCACUUUGAGUGGGCUGUGGGGACAACUGAAGGAAAAUCUGACAUUUUGGAAUUUGAAAAUGUUGGAAUGAAUGGAUGUGUACAAGUUAGUGGCCUAGAUCUUGGUGGUUUGAGUGCAUGCUUCAUCACCCUCCGAGCAUGGAAGCUAGAUGGACGCUGUACUGAACAUUCUGUUAAAGCUCAUGCCUUAAAGGGUCAAAGGUGUGUACAUUGCAGGCUUAUUGUUGGGGAUGGCUAUGUUACAAUUACAAAAGGGGAAAGUAUUAGAAGAUUUUUUGAACAUGCCGAAGAGGCAGAAGAAGAAGAGGAUGACGAUCUCAUUGAUGAAGAUGGAAACGAGCUUGAUGGAGAAUGCUCCCGACCCCAAAAACAUGCAAAGAGUCCUGAACUUGCUCGAGAAUUUCUUCUAGAUGCCGCUACUGUUAUAUUUAAAGAGCAGGUUGAAAAGGCUUUCAGAGAAGGAACAGCACGUCAAAAUGCACACAGCAUAUUCGUUUGUCUUGCUUUGAAACUGCUGGAAGAACGAGUUCAUGUAGCAUGCAAAGAAAUCAUUACAUUAGAAAAACAGAUGAAACUUCUUGAAGAAGAAGAAAAGGAAAAACGUGAAGAAGAAGAACGAAAGGAGAGGAAAAGGACAAAAGACAGGGAGAAAAAACUUAGGAGAAAGGAAAGACUUAAAGGAAAGGAGAAAGAUCCAGAAAGGAAGUAUUCUGAAUCAAUUGAUGUUCCUGGAUCUCCUGAACUCUCAAAGGAAGAAUUGUCUCCUGCUGCUGAUGUAGAGCAAAAUAAUUCUAUUAUAGGCAGUAAUUCACUCAUUGUAACAGGGGAUGAUUAUCCUAAAAUCCAAGAUGAAGACUUCACUCGAGAGGGUAGUAAUUUGAGAGUACAAGACUGCUCUUACGAUGACUGUGAGGGCGACAUUGAAAAUGUGCAACACCACUCUUACGAUGAUUGUGAUGGAGAUAUUGCAACUGCACAAGACAGGAAUGAUACUUCUACCGUUGAGCAAUCAAAGUUUUAUUGUCAAAGACUUAGAUAUAGGAAAGAAUUUCGACUGGAUCCGACAACAAAGUGGUCUGACAGACGCUCUAAUACAGUUGUUUCAGAAAAUGGUGUGGUGGUUGGAAGAUCAGAGCCAGUACACUGUGAAGAUAAUUUUGGGAUGCAUUUCAGAGGAGUCAAUGGAUUGAACAGGCAAUCUAGAAUAAGUGCUGCAAAAUCCAAUGGUCGAAAUAUUGGCCAUAAGUGUAGUGAGAGGUUUUAUAGUUCCAACAGCUGGGUGAACGACAGAUAUGAUUUUCAUUCAUGCAGUUGUAAUAAUAGAAUGAAUAGGGUUAGUUGGGAGACAAAACUUGUUAGUAAGUCUGAAUCCACAGUAGAUUCAUCUAAGCAAUUUUACCGUGGUAGCAAGUAUAAUCAUGUAGACUUCAUGUCCGAGAGUAAUGGAAGAACCAAAAGCAGGGUCAUCUCUGGGAACUAUUCUAGUAGGGAUUUGCCUCACUCAAAGAAAGUUUGGGAGCCUAUGGAGUCCCACAAGAAGUAUGCUCGUAGUAAUUCAGACUCUAAUGUUACUCUGGGGUCCACAGGUCAAGUAUUUCAGUUCGAUAUGGUAAGGUCAUCUAUCGAUGAAAUUGGUGGUACAGGUGAAGUUGAUUAUGUGGAUUGUAGUUUGAAAAGAAGCGGAGUGGAUGAAGGCUAUCAGAAUGAUCUUGAUGCUGAAGCUGGAGGAUCUUGCAGUUCCACCGAAAUUACGUCUGAGGAACCUGGAACAUCUCUGAUGGGUGGGUCUUCUUUGAAUAAUUCUUCUGAUCCCAAUCAAGGUAGCACUUCUAGUUCUGAUAACUGUUCAUCAUGCCUAAGUGAGGGUGAUAACAAUACCACCUCUUCAAACCGUGAGAAUACAGAAUCCUCAACAUCUGAUUCAGAAGAUGCCAGCCAACAAUAUGAAGUAAGAGAAAGUUCAACCUGCAUUGACAAUGGAUUGUCUGGUUCUCAUGAAGCUGGAAUGGAGAAAAUUCAUAAUGCAAAUGAUGAGGGCUUGACCAGCAUGUCAGCAUUUGGUCCAUCCUUGGAUGCAGCAAGAGGUGAUGUAUUGGGGAAUCCUGUGGUUAGAAUGGCCCAUAAUUUUGAUAAUUGUUUUUCCCCUCUUAAUGUGUGUUCUCAAUCUCAAAGCAUGCUCCCUCCAGUGCCAAACCAAAACAUACAAUUUCCAGUGUUUCAGACUCCUUCGGCAGUGGGCUAUUACCAUCACAAUCCAGUUUCAUGGCCAGCUGCUCCCACAAAUGGGUUGGUGCCUAUCCCGCACCCAAACCCCUACUUAUAUAGUGGCCCUUUUGGAUACGGCUUAAACGAAGAUCCAAGAUUCUGCUUGCAAUAUGGUGGCUUACAGCAACCAACACCCUUAUUUAACCCUGUUUCUGUUCCAGUUUAUCAGGCAGUUGCCAGAGCUAAAGGCUUAAAUAAUGAGGAAGCGGCGAUUCGAAUGUCUAAGCCAACAUCGAUGAUGCAAGAACAUCUUAAUCUAUCUGCAGUGGGAAGGGUUUCACAAAAAGCAGCAAUGAAUGGUAAUUCUGGUAACUCACAAGACACUGGUUUCUCCCUGUUUCAUUUUGGUGGCCCUGCAGACCUUUCAAGUAGUCAUAAAUUGGCUAAUGCAUCUUCAAAUGACGGCGACAAUGUAGGAGAUUUCAACACAAAGAGUUGUGUAGAUCAAGUUCACAAUGAAAACGAGACGACUGUGAUGGAGGAGUACAACUUGUUUGCGGCAAGUAAAUCCUUGAGGUUUUCAAUUUUCUAAAAGGAAAUUUGAACUACAAGAAGGUGGCCGUUGAGGAAUUCACUGAACAAUAAGCUUCCUUCAGCAACUUCUUUUUAGCCCAUAGUUUUAUUAGUCGAUUGUUACCAAAUUUGUGCUUUUCUUUGAUGUAGAGAAAGAUUGCGAGUGCUGGUUUCUUCAAGGGUUUUUUCGCCCUUGCUUGAGAUCACAAAAUUUCCCCUUCCCCAAAUACCUUUCAACCAAACCUGCUUCAUAAUGGAAGCUGUAAUGGGAAUUUUGAGUGGACAUCAUGAAUGUUGAUUCGACUUUGUUAAAUGCUCUUUCUGUAUCAUCUUUGCUUUUA